CCAGAGUGGAGCUGACGCUUGAAUGAAACACGGCCAAGUUCUGACUCUACCACCUGAAUGUUGCAGCUGAAAUGGAUACUCAUCAGACAGCAGCUUUUCCCAAACUUCUAUUGUCCAAUUUAGCUUAAUCUGAUCAGCAUGGAUGUCUCAGAGGAAGAUCACUACUACUACUACCAUGAAAACACCAGCCUGAACUUCAGCUACGAUGACUAUCCGACUGUGUGUGAGAAGGGUGAGGUCCGUUCUUUUGCGGCCAUCUUCCUCCCCAUCAUGUACAGUCUCUGUCUAGUUGCAGGACUGUCAGGAAAUGUGCUAGUUGUGGCCAUCUAUGCCUAUCACAAACGCCUGAAGACCAUGAUGGACACUUUCCUGAGCCACCUGGCUGUGGCCGACUUGCUUCUUCUCUUCACACUUCCCUUCUGGGCUGCUGAUGCAGUGAGGGGCUGGGACUUUGGAGAGGUCAUCUGCAAGAUUGUGUCAACCUGCUACACGGUGAACUUCAACUGCUGCAUGUUGCUACUGGCGUGCAUCAGCUUGGAUCGCUAUUUAGCGUUAGCUAGAGUGCAGGGUAAGGACCAAAGUGGGCGGCUACAGAGGGUGUUCACCAGGAGACAUUGUUGGAAGGUGUGUUUGGCUGUUUGGAUGACAGCUUUCCUUCUUGGCUUUCCUGAUUUAAUACUCUCAGAGGUUAGGUUUGCUUCCAAUAGGAAUGUCUGUCUAACAAUAUAUCCUCCAUCUAUGGCUCAAGGUGGUAAAGCCGUGCUUGAGAUAGUUGAGGUGCUGUUGGGAUUCCUGGUUCCUCUCCUGAUCAUGGUGAUCUGUUACUGGCGUGUGGGCCGAGUACUAAAUGGUCUCCCUGUAGAGAGCAGAGGCAAGAAGUGGAGAGCUCUGCGGGUUCUUUUAAUAGUAGUAGGAGUCUUUGUUGUUACUCAGCUGCCAUUUAACAUAUUGAAGGUAUAUCGUGCAAUGGAUUCGGUCUACAUUUUAGUGAUCCACUGUGGAACAAGUAAAGUGCUGGAUCAGGCAGCUCAGGUGACAGAGAGCCUGGCUCUCAUUCACUGCUGCCUCAACCCGAUUCUCUAUGCCUUCAUGGGGUCGUCCUUUAAGCAGCACAUGAUGAAAGUAGCCAAGAAGUUUGGAGAGAAGAGAAGGAAGAAGACAAGGAGUAGAGAAACGUCUGCAGUGGAGGAGAUGGAGAUGUCAUUUAACAGUGCAUCCCAAGAAACAAAUACAUUCUCAAUAUGAGUUCAUCUUUAUACAUUACUCUGUUAUUAAUAUGCGCAGGAAAACAGAAAUUCCACAUUCAUUUGUUAACAAAAGAGCUGUGAUAGUACAAUGUUAGAAAUCAUUACAUUUACUUUUUUUUAUCAAAAUGGACUAUAUGCAAUGUUUUUUGCUUGCUUUCAAACAGCAUAGAAAGUAUAUCUCUGUCAUAAAUUUAAAGUUUGAAUGUCUUGUCAGAGCAUCUGUCUGUUCCUUAAGUUCAUUUUUAUAUAAGCCUGAAAUUAAAUGAAAAAUAAGUACUUAUAUUGUAACUCUCAAGAUAAUAGUUUCUUGUAAUCUGAGACAUCAGCUGAUCUUCUAAAAAGGAAAUAUUCAUGUUUUCGUAAACUGUCUUUACAGUGUGUCAAGGAAGCUACAUGCUAAUAGCAUGCUAACGUCGCACAAUGAGACUGCUAACAUGCUCGUGUUGAACAGUAGUUUUCUUUCAAAUAUGCUUUAUUAAUAAAUCUGAAAUGUUAACAAUCACAUUUAAAUCUCAGAGAAAGGCCUGAGAAAGAUGCAAAUCUGUAGUGAAAAGAAAGUUGUGUCUGAAUGUGCUAACAUUGGUUGAUCACAGUAAAGGCUUGUGGGGAUGUUAUUAUGGGUGCAUGUCUAAACUUUAUUCCCAGCAGACAUUUUCCAAGGUUUUGUUCAUUUUUGUGGUUUAUUGUAACCCAAAACAGAUCCGCCGUUUACCUGCUAUGACAUGUCCAGAUGUGUCAUAAGAAACAAGUUUUUAAACACCAGUACUGAAAACUUUUAAAAAGUCUAGCUGAAAAAGUAUGUUAUAAAUAUUCAUUUUGAGUGUAAUAAAUUUUAGAAAAAGAUUCAAAGUUGUUGAGUUAUUUUAGCCUAAACCGAAAUGGUGUCUUAAUUCAACUGUACUGUUAAAACAGAUGCUUUAUUUUGUUAUUCUUUAGUUAAAGUAUGAGUCAAGAGAUAUCAGGGACUUUAUAGGAAAAAAAACACACUACGCCCACACAGCCUAAAGUACAAAAGAUAUCAAUUCUUGAACUUACUUCAAUCAAAACAAAAACAAGCUGUGUGAGAAACUCUUGAGAAACAGCCCUUAAGAUGAUCAAAUGUUCAUUUUAACAAUCAUUAACAUGAGUAAAUACAGCAGAUGCACCUGAUGUAACACAUUUGUGCAGCCUCCUAAGCAGACACACAUAUGCAUGUACCUAUAAAUCUGUGAGUAAAGUCUCAGCAUGUUUUGGCAUCA